UAAGAAGAAGAAGAAGAAGAGAAGAAAUGUUAAGGUUGCAGAAGUCUAAGCCUGCCAAAUCAGGAGAGAAGAUUGAUUUCAAACUCUCUCAUUUCAAGGCUCUCCAGGUCCCGAAGGGGUGGGAGAGGUUGUAUGUGAGUAUAAUUGCGGUGGAGACGGGGAAAACGAUUGCGAAAUUGAGUAAGGCGUUGGUGCGAAAUGGGAACUGUCGAUGGACGGAGACUCUGUUGGAGUCUAUUUGGGUUUCAGGGGAAGAUUCUUCAAAGGAGCUUGAAGAAGAGUGCCUUUUCAAGCUUGUUGUUGCCAUGGGAUCAGCCAGAUCUGGCAUUCUUGGAGAGGCAACAGUGAAUAUGGCAAGCUAUGUGGGUUCAAGUGAUCCUGUUCCUCUUCAAUUUCCAUUGAAGAAGAACAAUCAUGGAACUGUUUUACAACUCAAAAUCCACUGCUUGACACCAAGAACAGAAAUCAGGGAAACUACACCCAAAAAGUCCAAUUCAAAUGAGGAUGAUUUGAAUCCCGACUCUCCGAAUGUGGAUGUCAAAUCAGAAGCAUCUCACAGUGCAUCUACGAGGAGUUCAAGCUCCUACUCCCAUAAAGAGCUUGACAUAGAACCUGGGAGUAUGGAAGAAAUUUUCUAUACUGCUUCAGGUUCACAUCACGGGUAUGACUCAGCUGCAAAUUCCAUGGAGGAAAGGCUCUCUUCUGGUAGCAACUUAAAUGGCAAUGACCAUAAUCGGAUUGGUGGACAAGAACUAACCAGCGGCUUCCAGAAUAGUGCUCCACCAACAAAUUCUCAUGCUGGCAAUCAUUGUCAAUCAAAUUACUCAUCCUUUAAUUCACAGCAUAUGGACUCAGAAUACCAGUUUCAGGAAAAUCAAAAAGAUUUGAGAACAUUUGGUUCUUCCAGAAACCUUUUUGAAGCUGCAGAAGAUACAAUCGAAGAGCUUCGCAAGGAAGCUAAGACGUGGGAGAGGAAUGCGCGGAAGCACAUGCUUGAUUUGGAGAUAAUGAAGAAAGAAUACUCGGAUCAAUACAAAAAACAGUCGAAUCUGAGCAUGGAGCUUUCAGCAGCUUGUGCAGAACGUGAUGGUUUGCAAAAGGAAGUUGCACAACUGAAGCUACAGUUAGAGAAGUCAAUGAUAAAUCCAUCUUCAUCAGAGGAUUCACUAUUUCAAGAUGAAGGGGUAACCCAUGUACAAAAGGAACUGCAAGAUGAAAUUAAAUUUCAAAAGGAAUCCAAUAAUGACUUGGCUCUGCAGUUGAUGAGGAGUCAAGAAUCAAAUCUUGAGCUUGUGAGUGUGCUUCAAGAGCUGGAAGAGACCAUUGAAAAGCAGAAACUUGAGAUGGAGAACGUCUCAACGCUACCAUUAAAACUCACUGAAAUGGAUAGCUCUAUCCAAGAAAGACAACCUGCAACAAUGGAUUCCAUUAUUGCAGAGAAUGCAGAUCUGAUCGGAGAAAUCAAAGCCCUGAAAGAGAAGUUGCAGAUGCUUGAAAGGGACUGUACUGAACUGACGGAUGAAAAGUUUCAGCUCUUGAGCAAACUAAAAGAGAUAAAUGACAAUGCAAUGGCGGAAAGCACAUCUCGGCCAUCCAAUAAGCUUUUAACCAAUGGUUUUUCCAUAUCUGGGUCCGAAGUGAGUUAUCAAGAAUACGAAAUGCAUAGUCUCAAAGAGAAGCUGAAGAAGGAAGUACUUGAUGAGAUAGGAAACGACUAUAACUUGUCCAUCAAAGAACUUGAGAGGUUGAAUAUCGAACUGGAAGUAAAAAUUGAAGAACUUGGGGAGGAAUUGGCUGAAAAAAGUUUGAAAUUACAGACACUUGAGGUUAAUCUGCUAUCGAAAGAAGAGGAGAUUAGCAAGCUUCUGCAGAGUCAAAGUGCAUUAGAGUCUAAGUUUUCAGAUCUUCAAGAUGACAAAGCGGAGCUAGAGGAUAACAUGGAAGUUUUCCUUAAAGAAAGUGAGAUUGCUACAAAAUGCUUGACUGAUUUGCAAAAUGAUUUAAUAGUGCUUAGCAGUAGUGUUGAUUCUCAAACUUCUGUAAAUAAAUAUUUGGAAAGAAAAUCCUCAGAACUGGAAAGUGGGAAGCACGAACUGGAGAUCCGUAUAUCAGAUUUAGAGCAAGAAAAUAUGCAGCUGUCGGCUCACAUAUCCGACUUGGAUGUUCAACUGAGGUCUUUGACGGUUGAGACGGAUGCAAGUGAACUGGAGCUAGAAAAAUCAAAACAUCUUGUCCUGACGCUGCAAGAUGAGAUCACAAAAUUGAGAACUGAUAUGGAGACUCAAAAGAUGGAUCUGAAGCACAAUCUAGAGGACAGAAAUAAUCAAUUGUCUGCAGCUAAAGAAGAAUGUAAAUGUUUGAGAAAAGAAAAUACCAAGCUACAAGCAGCCAAUGAGAGUCUGAUUGAUGAGUGUAAUUUACUUAAAAAAACUAAUGGAGAUUUAAAGAAUAAGAACUUGGAAUUGCAUGAGCUUCAUUCCCACCUGGAGACAAAGUUGAAGGAGUCGCAUGCAAGUUUUGCUGAUAGCUCUAAGAAAAUAGAACUUCUGGAAGCAAAACUUUCUUCAGUGCUGGAAGAUAGUGCUUCAAGAGAGAAGAUUUUAACUGCAGAAUUAGAUACACUUCUUGAUGAAAACAGAAGACACAAAGAGAAACUUGAUCAAGGUGAAAUGUUGCUCAAUCAGAUAUAUAUGGAACACAAAGCUGAAGUUGAGAAUUUACAACAAGAGGUAAAACAUCUCACCAGGAAACUUUCUGCAGCUCAUGAAGAAAGGGAUAGAAUAACCUCUGAAUGUGAGCAUGAAGUAUCUCACUUACAAGCCAAACUGGAAAGUGACCUCAAUAAUAUGAAAAUAGAAUCUGAGGAGAAGGUACAAGGCUUGGUGGCUGAGCUUGCGACCUUCAAACAGAACAUGGAAAAGCUGAAGACUGAUAAUGAUAGACUGUUGAAGUCGCUACAGAAAUACAAACAUGGGGAUGAAAAGUUCAAGACUGAUGUUAAUGAUCUUGAGCUAAAGCUUACAGUUUGUGAAUAUGAACGACAACAGCUAAUGGAAGAAUCUUCAAAUCUGAAGACGCAGUUGCUAAAAGUAGCACAUCAUCAAGAUAAGGUUUUGACAUUAACGAAGAAGCUCAAUGCGUCAAAGUCUGAGAAAGAGAAACUCGAGGCAUCAUUAAACCAAAUAUCUGGAGAAUGUGAAGAAUUGAAGUUAGAGAAAAAUUCAUUAGUGGAGAAGAUUUCUACCUUGCAGGAAGCUGUGGCUGAAUUAGAGGACUGUAAAAAGAGCAGAAUCACCUUGGAAGAAAAGCUUUUGGAGAUGGCAGAUGAUCUAGUGGAAAAAGAGACAUUCUGUGCACAGGAUGAUGAGCUUAAAUUUGAGCUCAGCCGGAUAAAGAGGGAAAACGAGAAAUUUCAGCAGAAGAUCCAACUACUCGAGGAAGAGAAAUAUGAGAGUAUGACUAAAGCUCAAGCACUUGAAGAAGCACUAAAAUUGACGCAGGAAGAAGCAAAUAAUCACAAAGCAUCUAACAUAACUUCUUACAAGAAUCGGCAUCAAAAAGAGAGUGAAGAUGGAUAUGAAAUUUCUGAUGAAAUUCCUCAUCCUGCUGGAGACCCUCUCUUGAAGAUUCAAUCACUAGAGGAAGAACUUACCAAGGCUAAAGAAGCAAAUAAAAUGUAUCAUGUUCAGCUUAAAAGAUUAACAUCUGAAGGUAGGAAGAAUCGAUUCGAAUCUCCUAGAAAAUUGAUGACUGGAGAUGAGGUUACACCAAAAGACAGAAAUGAGCAAACAAACUCACCAAUGGAAUCAGAAUUAAGAGACCUUCGUGAGCGCUACCUGAACAUGAGCCUCAAAUAUGCUGAAGUAGAAGCUCAGCGCGAAGAGCUUGUGAUGAAAAUCAAAUCAGCAAAAGAAGGAAAGCGGUUGUUCUCAUUUACUUCAUGAUCUUCCCAUUGGUCUGCAGUGCAGAAGGUAGUGGAACCUGAAAGGCAAGUACUCAAUAGAGCACAUGGAUUUAAUGUUCAUUGUGGAAUAAAAUAAUAUUCUCCAAAAAUUUCCAAUGUGCCCUUCCAUCCAAUCAACCUCAGCCAUCUCCUUUUCUGAUUUUUCUUGGCUAUAAUCAGAAUUCUUGACUCUAGCAUAGUUUCCUGGCUACAUGAAUCUCAAAUCUUCUUGUAUGCUCUUUUUCUCGCUUUUUAGGAAAAAAAAAAAAAGUUUUUGCACGCUAUGGUAUUACAGAGAGCCUGUUUGACAAAACCACUAUAUUAAGUCUUCCUUCACAAUUCAAUUCACAGCCAUUGUCUGAAUACAAUACAACAUGACUCAUCAAAGCGCAAAACCUGCUUUAAAGCGAUUACGUAAACAAAAUAAGAUAAUCAAACUUCUUGUUCAAUGAAAUCAAAGAAUGAUCCUGCUGGUGUCAUUUAAAAAUAUGAAAUCUUACUCAGACAGACAUAAGGCUAAAGAACAAAGAAUAAAUAAAUAAAAAGUGCUUGGUGACCCUUGGUGAAGCUCAAAACAUCUAUACUGAGGCCUAAUGUGUAAAAGUAGAAUCAAGUUGAUUGAACGGCUAAAAAUAUAGAAAGAUCAAUUGCAAGAGAAUAUCAACCCUUAGAUGAAUAUAUAAUAUUGGUGUAUGUUUCUUGUUAAGAUUAGUUACUUUACCUAACUUAUUGGGUUGAAUGGUAAAAUAACUAAUCUUAAUAAGAUAUCAAAGCAGGAAGACUUGGGUUCAAAGUUGAAACAUUAACUUCUGAAAUUUAAAACCCCAAUUUGUUGUCACCCCAAGUGAGUAACUAAUACUAACACCAUUCAACCCAAAAAGUUUACUUGUUAGGUUGGGUCAUUUUACAUAAUUUAUACAUAUUCUAACACUCUGAAAGAAAAAAAUGGAUGAAAGAUGAGAAAAUGAAAAGGAUAAGUGUUGUGAUCAGAUGUGGAGGAAAGGAGGUGGAAUUGACAAUGGUAUAUCCUAUGGAAGAUGCUAAAACAUGCUCCCUCCACUCCCUAACUUUUCUUUAUUUGUAGUCUGCUUUAACAUAAAGUGACAACACUUCUCCUACUUAAGUCAUCUCUGCCUUUUAUUGCCCUCAAGACCAAGAAAACAAAACCCUAUAACAACCAACACAUUCUUCAUAUCCAAACCCUCUUAGUACUUCACCAUCAUCCCAUCAUGUGAAGCUACAGCUUUUUCACUCCCUCCAUGACCACCACCCCCCCAUGUCAAUGGCUCUUAUCAAAGUGGUGGUGGGGGGUGGUCAGGUCAUUUCUUGUUUGUUUUCUAAUUUCAUUUUCAAUGUCCCUUCACGGCGAUUCUGGAGACGUGGUGGUGAUCAAAUAUGGAACUGAAUCGCCUUGUUAAGGGGACUGUGUCUCUCUGCAUAGGGCAACUUCGAUCCUUUGGCAUUCUACUACUUCCAGCUCGGUGUCUCUCUUCGUUCAAGUGAUCUGAGCUUGAUCGAGGAAACAAUCGUAAGGGUGACCUAGAUUGUGUUGGUUUUUCAUUUCAUGGAAUAAAAUUGACGCAUUAUGUGUCAUGAAUGUGCUUUUAUGGUGUUUUGCUUCUCAUAUCUAUGUAGUAGUCCUCAGGCCACCUGGGUUUGUAAUUGCAGUACUAUAUAAUAUAUAUAUAUAGCUUGUGUGAGUUUUGUGUUUAAACACAUUGCUUGAGUUAUUGAGCAAUAGAUUCCCCAAAUGUCUCCA